UCAAACAAAGCGCGCGCUGCACUGAUUUAACAUUAACUUUUAUUUUGUGAAGAAUUAAUUGUGAUGGAGAAGGAGCACCAACCGGACUCCAUGGCGACCAUCACCAUGAAACCCGAGUACCCACCAUCCGAAGUGUACAGCACGUCGGAACCACCACCGGCGUACAGACAGCGGGUUUCGUCGGCAGUUCAGAUCGCAAAGAUUGCCGCGCUGACGGUGGUGGCUUCCUCGUUUAUUCUGGGCGCAUUUAUCCUGGCUUCCAGCUGGGUUGCGGCACGCGCCUCAUGUCACCAACUCGAACAACUCGACGCCAUGCUUGAUAAGGAGCUCGCUCUUGAGAGCAGAGCUUAUGGCAACGAUGGAUUAUUAGCGGAUGAGCCAUUACCCAUUGCGAACGCACACGCUCUGCACGGUGUGCCACCACCUGCAGCGCAAUCGUCCGCUGCGUCUGUGCAGUCCAACCAACCGCCUGCGCCGGCCGCUAGCCAACUAAAAGACGACGGUCUCAGCCACGCCGAAUCCAAAAUCGACGAGGACAAACUACAGAAAAUCGACGACUCUAAAAAUGAAGCGAAUAACUCUGCCGACGACAGCCUGGAGUCGGAUAGCUCUGCUGAGGACGAGGACGAGCUGGAUGCCGUGAGGCCGAUGCUUAAGCUGCCCAUCCAGUUCGACCUUGAUGACCUUGCUGGCGCCUUCCUCGCUAGCAACCAAAAAGGCCGCAUGAACUGUAUGGUGGAGCGCCGCCGUGAUGACCCCACGGAGCGGCGGUUCCCUUUCAACAUCCUCGGCGCUUUUGCCCAUCGCAAUGCACACGCUGAACGUAUCGCCAUCAUUUGCCACGGAGGUGAUGAACCUAGACCAAUGAACGCGUUCCCAGAACCACAGUCGCAAGUUUUCGCGUUCCCACUAGCUGGUCCCAUGCGACUUCCGCUGCGGCCCCAACCCGCCGACCGCCCGCAACCUGCGCAGGAGCCCCGCAUGUCACCCUUCGUACCUCUUGGACAGCACCGCGCUGGACCCUUCCCUAUCCCCAUGCCAUGGGAUUCCUCAGAGGAGCAGAUGAGUGCCCCUCGCGAGAUGCGCAUCCACGUUCAACGGGUCAUCGCCAUCCCCGCUCCCCACAACAUGCCGCCCCCGCCUGAGGGUAUGGGACCCUUUGCCCCACCACCACCACCACCCCACUCACAGGAUCACAACGAGCAGCCUACCGUUCUCCACCAGUUCGUGCCCCAAUCUGCACCCACGCAAGAGCUAGAGCAGCCCGAGAUACAGAAGAUCCAGAUGGAUGGCACUCCUGUCCAAAUGAACUUGCCUUGGGGCCUGACACCCGAGGACCUUCAUGUGAUCCACCGCACUGCCGAGGAUGCCGCUGCCAGCCAGCAACGCGAGCAGAUUCAGCAACAGAUGGACAACGAUAUGCAGGAGGUUAAGACAAUCGUGAACACCCUGGCCGCGGCUGCGGAAGCUGAAGCCGAGGCCCAAGCGCACGCUGAAGCACAGGCCCAAGCCCAUGAAGAACAAAGGCGCCAGGAGCAGAUGCAGAGCCCCACUCAAGACGCGCCAUCCCCCACUUCUCGUGCGCCACGCACCGUGCUCGUUCCGCAAGAGCUCCAUAUGCCUAUGCUCCCAAUUGAGGAGAGGCCACACUACAUGCAGCCUCGUUCCGUGCGUAGCGUGGACGCCCUGCUGCAUCGUGAGAAGCGCGUGAAGCGCUGCUCAUGUGACUGCGCCUAAGCGCCUCGCAUACACAAGCGCUGCAGGCGCUGCACUGUCAGCGCAAGCGCACAUCUCCGUCCAUCCAUGUCCAUGUCACAACAACGUAACAAAGCCGAACACCUUUGUUAUAAAAAAAAUCGCACUUCUU